GUGAAAGCAAAGCAAGAACAAAAAACAACAAACCUCGUAACUAUUCCUCUUCUGUCUUUGUUACUGUCACAGUCAUCAUCACCAUUAUCUUCUCCUUCUUCUUCCACAACCACUUUUGUUUUUUUGUCUUUUUGUGUUACUUUCACAACACACAAUCUCUGUCUUUGAUUGUCCAUUUUCCCAAAGUUUGUUACUUUUUUCUUCAAUUGUGUUUAUUCUCUUCUGGGUCAUUCUGUUUUGGUUCUUGAAAUGCCUAAUUGGACCAAAAACAAAGGGAACAAUCAAUAUCCUCAGGUGGGUCAGUGGCAACCCUUUAACAGAAAACCACCAUUGCCAAAACCACCUUUGCCAAAACCACCUGUGGUUGAAAGGUUUUCACCAGUGCCUUUGUGGGAAAAGGAGUUUUGUAAAUCGGUUGGCUCAGUUCCAUGGAGAAAGGUAAUUGAUGUCAAGAAGUCUAUGUAUCUGCAUCCCAAUGUGGUUAGCUGGGACGACACUGCUGUCAAAGAGGCAUUCGACAAUGCAAAAAACAGGUUUUAUGCUGAGAAUGAGGGCUUACCCUGUGAUAUUCCGUUGCCUGAUCCUAACAUUUACAUCGACGAUGUAGAUUGGAAUGCACCUGUUGAUCCUAAACUUUAUCUGGAUAUCGAUAUUGAAGAGGCCCGCCGCAUCAUGGAAGAAGAAGCUGAGGAGCCUGUGAUUCUCGGCAGUUCUCUGCUCUUGAAUCAGCCCUUUUCUGGUCCAGGAUGGCCGGAACCUACCGGAUGGGGGGAUGAAGAAGAAAAAGAAGUAACAAAAACUGAAGAGCCUGUGACUCUCACUCGUUCUUUCCUCUUGAAUUGGUCCUUUACUGGUCCAGGAUGGGGAUCUACCGGAUGGGGGGACGAAGAUGUAACAAAGCCUUCCGAACCAUAUUAUGCUGCCCGUGGAUGGGAAUCAAACCAACAGUAUCAAGGAUGGUGGCAAACUGGCCAGAAUGAUUAUAAUGGAUGGAAUCAGGGACGGAAUCAGAGGGAGCAAUAUGGUGGUGGCUUGGGUAACAAGUAUCAAGGAAGAAAUGCUGGGAGUGGAAAUCGCGGAACAUGGGAUAGCUAUAACAGAAAGAAAGAAAACAACAUGUCAUGGUCUAAAAAGCCUGGAUAUCAUCACGGCGUUAAUGAUUAUCAGAUGAAGAAGACUGGAUAUCAUCAUGGCGCUAAUGAUUAUCAGACGAAGAAGACUGGAUAUCAUCAUGGCGCUAAUGAUUAUCAGACGAAUGGAGGAAGAAAAGGAAAUGGAGGAAGAGGUGGAGGUGGAGUUGGAGGAAGGAGAGGCAAUUUUGGUUAUGCGGAAAAGGUAGCUCCUUCUGGUCGAUGGUAAAAGUAGAUCAAAUGCCUUGGACUGCAAGCAAAGACUACUAUGAUGUUGCUAAAGGGUCAGUUUUGUGAGAGUAGGUGAGGAUAUAAGUUUUAUCUAGUAAUUAUAUAUGUUUCCUUAUAAGAGUUUUAUCUAGUAAUUGAUUUUAGUAUUUUUCUAUUUUGUUACAUUCAUCACAUGGAUUUAUGGUCUAUUGGUAUAUGUAGUUUAAGAAAUAGUUUUGUUGUGACAGAAAAUCCAGUGCAUUAUAGUACUGGUAUUAUUGAAACAUGAAAUUAUUAUUAUUAAAUAAAGCUAAAUUUUUCAU